ACUACUUAUAACGUGUUCAACAGAUUUAUGGCUCAUUCGCCUUUUAAAAUCGUAUUGUGUUUUUGUGUGUAAAGUAUUCUACACACAAACGAUUUGUGUGUAAAUGAGCCGAUAAUGAAGUUAUCAACCUGCGAUUAGGUCGAAAUCCGCGUCUAUGGAAAGCGUCUUUUUACCCGUCAUGCGCUUUUUCCUCAUCAUUAACAUGGCAACGUCUCAACGGAUUACACUGUAAAUCAUCAUUAACCCACUGCAAAGGUGAUGGGCGCAGACAACGAUGCAGGUGUUACUCCAGCUGUGCCAUGGCAUAAAGUGCUGUACGAGCGACAGGCGUUCCCUGACAACUAUGUGGCCAGUUGCUUCCAUGAGGAACUUCGACGCAACAUCAGAGUGCACCAGUACAGCUACUGGGCAGUGGUUCGAGAAGCCGGGCUCGUCUCUCAACAGCUCUCGUGUGUGGCGUUGUUCCUCACACUUUGGUCCUAUAUGGAGCAGGGAAAUGUGGGUCCUUCAACACUGCUUUGUACUGGGCUGGGAUGCGCUGUGCUGGGCUACACUCUGUACGAGGCUCUGGGCGGUGGAAUCGGGCGAGAGCGGACUCGCUGCGCUGACCUGCAGAGCGCUGCCGUGUUCAUGGCCUUUACCUUUGGUUUCUCGCCGGUGCUCAAGACGUUGACGGAGUCUGUGAGCACAGACACGGUGUACGCCAUGUCUGCUGGCAUGCUCAUGGCGCACCUGGUGUCUUUUCCAUACACACAGCCGAGCCUGCCAGGCAGCCUUUCUCUCAACGCUGCGCUCUUUGCCUCGGUUUGUUUGGCAUCGCGUCUGCCUGGAACCCUGCACACCUUCGCCAUGCUGAGCUGCGCCCUGCUCAUCUUUGCACUCUGGCCGUAUCUGCUGCAGCGACUGAGACACGCGGCAGAGUGGACGUUCCCCUGGGCAGCCGGGAUGGUGUGUGUAUGUGAAGUUGUAGGUGUUGGUACUCUGUGGCCUGCUGGAGCUCUUCUCCUGUUUCUAGCUAUUGUAGUACUAACUUUUUUGUGUCCACUGCUGCUGGUGCGUCUACAGAGACACAAAGACAACAUUCACGGCCCGUGGGACGAGGCUGAGAUCAGAGAGGACUUGUCCCGCUUUCUGAGUUGACUUGAAUGUGUGUGUUUCACAGGACGGGCCACAUUUAGCCUAAAUAUGAAACAUCUGCUGUAAAUGUUUUUAAAAUUGUACACUGCCUGUUUUGGGUGGCAAUGCAAAAUAAAGAAAUAAAUAAAUAAAGCAGAUUGUGUUGUAUGUUUGGCCCUUUUACAUUUAAUCUCAGGGAGAGCACUGCUUUAGGGAUGGAAUAAACCAACGACUAAUUGUUUAGUCUCUAAAGUUUAAAAUAACACGAGUCACAACUGAAAUCUGGACCAGUGUUUCUU